UAAAGGCGGCCGCGCCGCGGAGCCGCCUGGGCUGUGCACCUCCCUGGGAACCCCCUCUCGUGGGUGCUCUUUGAAGUGGAGGAGGCCAGGCGGGGUGCAGGAGCGAGGGGAGAGGCAGCCCCGCCGCCCGCAGUGCACCUGGCGCCGGCUGCCCCCGCCGCUCAGCCCCCCGCUCCAGGAGGACAACCUGCCGACCCACCGGGGCAGGCACAGAGCCGGUGAAAACCCUGAGGGCUCCAGCUGGGCUGAGUCCACGGGCCGCGGUGGGAGACCGAGUCCGGCGGGGCCUCACUCCGUCACUGAGGACACAGCCUCGGCCCACAGGUGUCCUCCACGAGCUCAGGUGAUGGACAGCAGACUGCGGCCUCCUCGCCGAGCCUGGUCCCUGCUGACUGUGGCCCUCGUGGCCGGGACUGUGGCAUCCAGCAGGGCCAUGGGCAGCAACCCAACGGCCAACAGCCUGGAGAGGGGCCCGGACGCCACGGCCUACUGGUGGGGGGAGUGGACCAAGUGGACGGCGUGCUCCCGCAGCUGUGGCCCAGGCGUGAUGUCCCAGGAGCGGCACUGUCUGCAGCAGAGGAGGACGUCGGUCACGGGCGCUGGGAACAGGACCUGCACGGGCACGUCCAAGCAGUACCAGCUGUGCCAGGCGCAGGAGUGCCCGCCGGACGCAAGGAGCUUCCGGGAGGAACAGUGCACCUCCUUCAACGCCCAGAUGUACGACGGGCAGCGGCACCAGUGGAAACCCCUGUACCCCGACGACUACGUCCACAUCUCCAGCAAGCCCUGCGACCUGCACUGCACCACCGCGGACGGCCAGCGGCAGCUCACGGUCCCCGCCCGGGACGGCACGUCCUGCAAGCUCACCGACGUGCGGGGGGUCUGCGUGUCUGGAAAAUGUGAGCCCAUCGGCUGUGACGGGGUGCUCUUCUCCACCCACAUGCCGGACAGGUGCGGCGUCUGCCAGGGGGACGGGAGCAGCUGCACCCGUGUGUCGGGCACCUACCGCAAGGGGAACGCCCAGCUCGGUUACUUUCUGGUGACCCACAUCCCGGCUGGUGCCCGAGACAUCCAGAUCGUGGAGCGGAAGAAGUCCGCCGACGUCCUGGCCCUUGCAGAUGAAGCUGGCGCCUUCUUCUUCAACGGCAACUUCAAGGUGGACAGCCCCAAGAACUUCAACAUCGCCGGCACCGUGGUCAAGUACCGGAGGCCCACGGACGUCUUCGACACUGGCAUUGAGUACAUCGUGGCCCCGGGGCCCACCAACCAGGGCCUGAACGUCAUGGUGUGGAACCAGAACGGCAAGAGCCCCUCCAUCACCUUUGAGUACACUCUGCGGCAGCCGUCCGCUGCCCACCACGGGCAGCCCUUCUACUUGCACUUCUCCGAGCCCCCCUCCGAGAGCGCGGAGGACCCAGAGCUGGACGGGCCGGCGCUGCUGGGCUUCCUCCCACACAACGGCUCGCUCUUCGGCCAGGCCUCCCCCGAGCGGCUGUUUGGAGCCCCGGGCCCCGGGACGGAGCUGGGUCUGAGCAAGGAGCAUAAUGAGGUCUGCAAGCAGGCUGGCGGCACUCCUGGGGGCAAGGGCUUCCGAGAUGGCAAUGCCACAGGGACAGCUCUCUCAGGGGACACGGAGGACCAAGAGGCCGCCUCCCGCCUACCCUCCCAGGGGCUCCUCUUGGCCAGCGUCCUCCCCGGCCAGCACCUGGGCGCAGGCCCUGACUCCCAGGAGCUCACGCUCAACGGGACGACGGGCAGCAGCAUCUUCCUGCAGGGCGCCCCGCGGGGCUCCCCCGCCGAGGGACUCUACGCGGACUCUGAGGAGAGCGAGGGCGCCGGCGCCUACCUGCUCAACGGGUCCUACCUGGCGCUGAGCAGCGACAGGGUGGCCAACGCCUCCUCAGAGGCCCCGUUCCCCAACGCCAGCCUGCCUGCCGGGGCCGGAAACAGGACGCACAAGGCCAGGACCAGGCCCAAGGCGCGCAAGCAAGGCGUGAGCGCGGCGGACAUGUACCGGUGGAAGCUGUCCUCGCACGAGCCCUGCAGUGCCACCUGCACCACAGGGGUCAUGUCGACCUACGCCACGUGUGUCCGCUACGAUGGCAUUGAGGUGGACGACAGCUACUGCGACGCCCUGACGCGCCCAGAGCCGGUCCAGGACCUCUGCGCGGGGAGGGAGUGCCAGCCCAGGUGGGAGACCAGCAGCUGGAGUGAGUGCUCGCGCACCUGCGGCGAGGGCUACCAGUUCCGCAUCGUGCGCUGCUGGAAGAUGCUGUCACCCGGCUUCGACAGCUCCGUGUACAGCGACCUGUGCGAGGCCACCGACGCCGUGCGGCCCGAGGAGCGCAAGACGUGCCGGAACCCGGCCUGCGGGCCUCAGUGGGAGAUGUCCGAGUGGUCCGAGUGCACGGCCAAGUGCGGGGAGCGCAGCGUGGUGACCAGGGACAUCCGCUGCUCGGAGGACGAGAAGCUCUGCGACCCCAACACCAGGCCCGUGGGGGAGAAGGAAUGCACGGGGCCCCCCUGUGACCGCCAGUGGACCGUCUCUGACUGGGGGCCGUGCAGCGGCAGCUGUGGCCAGGGCCGCAUGAUCAGACACGUGUACUGCAAGACCAGCGACGGACGGGUGGUGCCGGAGUCUCAGUGCCCCGUGGAGACCAAGCCCCUGGCCAUCCACCCCUGCGGGGACAAGAACUGCCCGGCCCACUGGCUGGCCCAGGACUGGGAGCGGUGCAACACCACCUGCGGCCGAGGCACAAAGAGGAGGCUGGUCCUGUGCAUGGAGCUGGCCCACGGGAAGCCGCAGACGCGCAGUGGCCCCGAGUGCGGGCUGGCCAAGAAGCCCCCUGAGGAGAGCACCUGCUUCGAACGGCCCUGCUUUAAGUGGUACACCAGCCCGUGGUCAGAGUGCACCAAGACCUGUGGGGUGGGCAUGCGGAUGCGCGACGUGAAGUGCUACCAGGGCACCGACAUCGUCCGUGGCUGCGACCCCCUGGUGAAGCCAGUCGGCAGGCAGGCCUGUGACUUGCAGCCCUGUCCCACGGAGCCCCCAGAUGACAGCUGCCAGGACCAGCCGGGCACCAACUGUGCCCUGGCCAUCAAGGUGAACCUGUGCGGCCACUGGUACUACAGCAAGGCCUGCUGCCGCUCCUGCAGGCCCCCGCACUCCUAGGCCCGGUAGCCACCGGCCCUACGCCUACGCGCCUCGCCGUGGGCUGCCACAGCCUUGUGGCCCCUCCACGGACCCCCGGCUGCAGGGCGCCCGGGCUGCGGGACCGGACGCUGAGCCCCUGCUCGCCCCUGGGAAGGAGGGCCCCAAGUGCGGACUGUCUCCCCCGACAGCCGCCCUGGCCGUGUGCGGGCAGCUGCUCUGAGCCCCGGGGCGGCGCUUCUGCGGACCCCACACCCCAGCACCCAGGGGCGCAGGGCCCAGAGGUGGAGGUGACCAGGCCUCCUGCCCCCGGUCCCCCUCACUUCUCUGGGCUCAGCCCUGGGAAGGUCGUGUCUGCCUCCGGAACAGGGGUGGACGGGGGUGGGGCCGGCAGGAAGGUGCCGGUGGGCCUCCGGCCGGGUCCCGCGGAGGUCUGCCCCUUUUGAGGAGCUCCCACCCCGACUUGGCGCCCGGUGCCCCUUACACACGCUCGCACACCGAGGGACCUCCCGCACCGUGUGCCGGGAGGAGGCGCCCUCUCCCCUGUGCCUGCUCCUGCUCCGUGGUCUCUGUCACUGCCCCCUGUAUGUUAAUAAAGUGGUCGUA